AUGGUCAUUGACCUGACGCAGGAUUCUGAUUCGGAGGGCAGAAUCGACGAGCCUUCUUCAUCUCCCCCCCUAUUGCAACAUGACAGAUCCAGUUUCCUCACAACCCUCACUCACCGCAUUGCUUCUGCAGUACCAGCGAAGAGGAAAACUGAAGAUGUAGAUUCACUGCUCGCGGCGUUUCAAGCUCCACGGCCGCAUUCACUGCAGCGGUCGUUAUCUCAGCCACAGGAGUCGAACAACACCGCUAAGCAACUCCAGAAUCGUCACGUCUCCUACGAUCAGGAUGGACCAAAGAACGCCAUGCACAUCCAGCACCCCGUCAUGAGCACACGUCGACCCUCCCCAUUUAGUGUCAGUGCCGCCGGACAACUUUACCGCGAUCGUGAUUCGACUGAGGAUGAAAAACGUAUUUUCAUCAAGAGACCGUCUUUCUCAUACACUACACCAAGCCCCGGUCCAACCUUCGCCCCCAGUUCACUCAGUGUAGUGAUUCCCUCGCCAUCUCAACGCCAGAAAUUGGAACUCGCUGCCGCAGAAUUGAUAUCCGCACCAUCUCCUAUUGGGCUCUCGGAGACAUUCUACCCCACUGACGCCUACGAGAAGCGCGCGGUGAAAGGUGCCUACCCGAUUGCCCGAAAGGUCAGACGGGCGGACAUUCCCUUUGAAGUUGGUACUGUCGGACCUCUCCUCACUUCCAAGCCAGACAUCACUGCGCAGCUGCGCCAAACCCUUCAGCGAAAGCUGGGCAAGAUCCAGGGGCCGGCAGUGACGUUUGCGCCGGGGGAUGAGCAUCUGCUGGCGCAAUUCGCGGCGAACUUUGAGUUUGUAAACGCUUACAAGACCCGUCAGGGGGUGACACCUGUGCCCGAGGAAUUUAAUGCGGGGUGUUCCUGUACCGGGUUCUGUGAUCCGGCGAGAUGCCUUUGUCUCAGUAAAGAGGAAGAGACUAACGAUUCAAUGGUGCCAUAUAAACGGGCUGAGGAUGAUGCACGAUUGUUGGUUCUGACCCCCGAGUUUCUGAAACGGAAAGCGAUGAUCUAUGAAUGUAGUUCGCGGUGUGGGUGUGAUGAGCAGUGCUGGAACCGGGUUGUGCAGAAUGGACGGACGGUGCGGUUGGAGAUUUUCAACACCGGCAAUCGAGGGUUUGGUCUCCGCUCCCCGGACCGAAUUCGCGCUGGCCAGUUCAUUGACUGCUACCUGGGUGAGGCCAUCACCAAGGAAGUCGCCGACAUCCGUGAAGACAUCGCCACCUCGCAGAAUGCCCACUCGUAUCUCUUCAGUCUGGAUUUCCUUAUCGCUGAAGAGGACAGCAAGUAUGUCGUGGAUGGCCACAAAUUCGGCGGUCCCACCCGCUUCAUGAACCAUUCAUGUAACCCAAAUUGUCGGAUGUUUCCUGUGUCUCGGAACCACGCAGACGAGUAUCUGUACGACCUUGCCUUUUUUGCUCUCAAGGAUGUACCUCCCAUGACGGAAUUGACGUUCGACUAUAACCCCGGCUGGAAUGAAGUCAAAAAGGUCGAUCCCAAUGCGGUGCAAUGCCUUUGUGGGGAGAGUAACUGCCGCGGUCAGCUUUGGCCAAACCAACGAAAGACGAAGGGGAUGAGAUAA